AUGCCAUUUUGUUCCGAUUUCAAUACUCUUCCCGAUAAGCAGGCGCUUGUGGCGCACUUUAAAGGAGCCAAAAUCUCGGAGUUGCCCACCCCGAACUUUGUGGUUGAUCGGAAAAUUUUCCGUCGGAAUUGCGAGCUGAUGUUGGAAAAUGCCCGUAAGUUGAACGCAGCGUUUCGGGCACACGUGAAAACCCACAAGACGGUUGAGGGGACGGAAUUGCAACUUGGGAGUGGAAAACUGACCACCGAUCGUGUGGUGGUGUCGACUUUGAGAGAGGCAUGGAUGGUGAUGCCGUUGGUCAAGGCAGGUAAGAUCAACGAUAUCCACUUCAGUUUGCCUAUUUAUGAGUCCACGCUCGACGAGCUUGUUGCCGUGAGCACCCAGGUUCCACAUUUGAGAGUGAUGUUGGACAAUCCCGAGCAAUUGGAUAUGUUGGCAGCGUACAACAAGGGCCAUACUCAUGCGAAGAAAUGGUCAAUUUAUAUCAAAAUCAAUAUGGGUACCAACCGAGCCGGGCUCAUCAACGACACAGAGAACCUCCACAAAACCAUCGUGAAAGCAUUGAGUCCUGAAGUCAAGUGUGCAGUGGAAAUUUAUGGAUUUUAUUGUCACGCUGGGCACUCAUACAGCUCGAAAACCGAAGAUGCUGCGAAAGAUUUUUUGCUCCAGGAAAUCACCCAUGCUCACAAAGCCACCAAAGAAGCACUCAAAAUUGAUCCUAGCUUGCAAUUGCACAUGUCUGUUGGAGCCACACCCACGGCUCAUGCUUCUGAGUGUUUAUCUGUUGAGGAAAUGGAACAAAAGUUGGGCGAGCCACUCGCAGCAAAGUUGGAAUUGCAUGCUGGGAACUAUCCAUUUUGUGAUUUGCAACAAGUAGCCACCAAUUGUGUCGGCUACCAAGAUGUCUCCAUCAAGCUCUAUGCGGACGUUGUUUCGACCUAUUCUGGCCGUGGAAAUAAAGGUCCAGGUGAGCAAUUGAUCAAUGCCGGAGCCAUAGCUUUAGCGAGAGAAACUGGUCCUAUGCCUGGUCAUGGAAGAAUAGUCGAACCAGCAGGCUACGAAAACUGGAUCGUGGGCCGUUUGAGUCAAGAACAUGGAAUCUUGGUUGCUGAAGAAGAUAAACCGACAGAUUUCAUUCCUAUAGGAACCCGAGUUGGAGUGGUUCCCCAGCAUAGUUGUAUCACUGCUGCUGCUCACCCAUGGUUCUACGUGGUGGAGGGAAACGAGGUAGUGGAUGUGUGGGUUCCAUGGAGGGGGUGGUAA